AUGAUUAGUUUUCCUGACUUAUUAAAGUCUUGUGGUACUAUAGCAGAUAUCCUUUCUAGAUUCGGGAAGGCGUCUGGUCAACAGAUUAACUUUGCUAAAUCCUUCAUUAAAUUUAGCCCUUCUGUGUCACUGAAGUUAGCAAAUUCUUUCAAAUCUAUCCUCCGAGUUCCCAUUAUUGAUAACAUGGGGAAGCACUUGGGAGUUCCUAUCGAUCUAUCUGGGAGGAAAGCUUCUUUCUUCGUGGAUCUUGUUGAAUGUGUUAAGAAGAAAAUUAUGUCCUGGGCUCACUGCAAGCUUUCGGAAAGUGCCAAGCUCAUACUUAUUAACUCUGUCCUUUUGGGUAUGGUGGCUCAUGUUAUGAAGACCUGCAAGCUUCCGAUGUCCAUCUCCAACAAACUGGACUCCCUAAUCACUAGAUUUUGGUGGGCCAAAAGUGGAGAGAAAGACAUUCAUUGGAUAAACAGAAUGCAUACGAAUCCUCAACUACUUGCUGCUAGGAUUUUUAAUGCGAAAUCUGACUGUAUCCUUUGUCCAUCUAAUGACUUGUGUAAGCCACCUCCAGCUUCUUUUUCUUGGAAUGUGGGAGUUGUUAGAGAUCGAUUUGAGUGGGAUAGUGCACAGGAGAUUUUAACUAUCGAUCUUCCGAAGGAAGAAGAGGAGGACUUCUUAUAUUGGCCUUGGCAUAAAGCAGGAACCUAUACUGUUAAAAUUAAACAGGGUAUGCCUUUCUUGCUAACCUUGGAGGAGGGAGAGAGUCCCCUCAUAGAAAAUAAAUCUAUGAUUUCUAUAGGAUUUUAUGGCACCUGGAUAUUCCCCCCAAAUGGCGUAUCUUCAUCUGGAAGCUUGCUGUCAAUGGAAUCCCUCUCAGAGCUAAUCUUCGAACAAGAGGAAUUAUCACUAACACCUUAUGUGGCUAUUGCGGUGUCAAGGAGGAGGAUGGAUUGGAUCCGAAGUCAAAUUCUGCUGUUUCAUAGCCAGGAUGGAAUCCGAAGUCACUGCAUUCAGGCUCUAGUGGCUACUCUGUGGGCUAUAUGGAUUACAAGGAAUAAGCGUAUUUUUCAAGGAGAAAAUGGGUUUUUACAGGGCUCGUUAGGACAACUGGAUCAUGUCCUACUUUUUAACGACUCAUUAGCUCUAAGUACUAUACGAGUUGAUGGCUCAUGGCAUAAGGCUAGUAAACACUAUGGGGUCGGAUGGACGAUCGAGCUACAAAACCAUGGUGAAAUGGAGGCUGGAGGUUUCUCUGGAAUUGCGGCAUCAGCUCUGCAAACUGAGUUUUGGGCUUGCCUUUACGCUUUAAGGUGGGCAAGUGAUAAUGGCUAUCGGUCAAUAAAAGUUUUUACUGACUCUGCAUUACUUGUCACGGCUAUUAGAAACAAGAGUCCCUCAGAUAUUCACCUUUUUUUGGAAUUUAAAGGAGAUUAUUAA